CGAUGCUAAUCUUUCAAGAUGGCUGCCAUGGAGGACGAUGAAUUAUUGGAUGACGAACAGUUAGACAGUUUACUCAAUUUCCCACCUGAUAUACAAGAAAUAAUUGAUCAGGUUCUCCCAAGUGAUGAUCCCCUAGACCGUGCUGAUUUCAAUCCCAUAGAUUACAUCAACACACUGUUUCCAACUGAGCAGUCGAUUGUCAACAUUGAUGAUGUAGUUGGGAAAAUGCGAAUGAAGAUACGAAAGCUGGAUGAUGAGAUAAGAGCAGUAGUGAGAGGGCAGACGAAUGCUGGUGAGGAUGGGAGGCUAGCUCUGGAAGAAGCACAGAGGGCAAUACAAGAGCUCUUUUCGAAGAUUAAGGAAAUUAAAGAAAAGGCAGAUAAAUCGGAAGAAAUGGUUAAAGAAAUAACUAGGGACAUCAAGCAACUGGAUCAUGCUAAAAAGAAUUUGACGAGCUCAAUUACAACAUUAAAUCAUCUACACAUGUUAGUGGGAGGUGUAGAUUCGCUUUCGACUAUGGCCAAGAAAAGACAAUAUAGGGAUGUAGCAAAUUUACUUCAAGGAGUUCAAAAUGUGUUGGAACACUUUCAAAAAUACAUGGAAAUUCCACAAAUAAAGCAACUAGCUGACAGAGUCAAACUGAUUCAGUCAAAUCUUGGAUCACAAAUUCUCGCUGAUUUCGAAGAGGCUUUUCAGGGAGCUGGAGCCAAGUAUGGGCCUUCAAAUCAAAGACAGUUAAAAGAGGCAUGUCUUGUUGUUGACGUACUGGAUUCCAAAGUGAAAAAGGAUCUACUCACUUGGUUUGUGAAACUUCAGUUAUCAGAAUAUCUGGUCCUGUUUGGUGAAAAAGAAGAAGUUGCUUGGCUGGACAAAAUAGACAGAAGAUAUGCUUGGAUAAAGAGAACAUUAGUGGACUUUGAAGAAAAAUUUGGUCCCCUGUUUCCUGAAGUUUGGGAGGUGUCUGAAAGAAUAUGUAUUGAGUUCUGUAACAUUACAAGUUCAGAGCUUUCAAGGAUUAUGGCAAGAAGAACACAUGAGAUUGAUGUCAAAUUGUUGCUCUUUGCAAUUCAAAGAACUACCAACUUCGAAGCAUUGAUAGCAAAAAGAUUCACUGGUGUAACAUUAAAUGAAACACAAACUGUGAAGGUUUCCAGCCCCCUGACCAAGUCAUUAAAUCCAUUUGAAGUGUCUACAAACCCAUUUGAGACAGAAUCAGAUCGUGAAACGGGUGCCUCUGAAGAAACAAAGGAACCUGUCAAGCAAGCUGGUUCUCCAUUUACAGGUGUUAUCUCCAGAUGCUUUGAACAACACCUUGAUAUUUACAUUGUUUCACAAGAUAAAAAUUUAACCGAAUUGAUAAACAGAUUUUUGGAGGAUUUAAGGCAGCAUGGUACUCCCAGAAUGGAAACGGAGGAAAGUAGCAAUGUACUGCCCAGCUGUGCAGAUCUAUUUGUGUUCUACAAAAAGUGCAUGGUUCAAUGCUCACAGCUAAGCACAGGCCAACCUAUGAUUGAUCUCACCAAGACAUUCCAAAAAUACCUCAGAGAAUAUGCCAAUAGAGUUCUUCUAAACAAUCUACCCAAAACCUCAAAUCAGAGUGGAGGAAUAAGCUCGGCAUCGGGUCUAAUACAGAGCAUCCUAAAGGAAGGGGAGGUAACAAAGUUUACAGAGGAGGAACAGUGUCGAAUCUGUAGUAUUUUAUGUACAGCAGAAUACUGCAUGGAAACCAGUCAUCAACUGGAGGAGAAACUGAAAGAAAAAGUUGACACUGGCCUCUCUAAUCAGAUAGAUUUGAAUUCAGAGCAAGACACAUUUCAUAAUGUAAUAUCCAACUGUAUACAGUUGCUAGUACAAGAUCUGGAGACAGCCUGUGAUCCAGCACUUACCGCGAUGAGCAAGAUGUCGUGGUCAUCGGUCGAGUCCGUGGGAGAUCAGAGUGGUUACAUAUCUGCCAUCACUGGCCAUCUAAAACAAAAUCUACCAGUCAUAAGGGACAAUCUAGCAUCUUCUCGAAAAUUCUUCACACAGUUUUGCCUGAAGUUUGUCAACUCCUUUAUUCCCAAGUUCAUCAGUCAUCUCUUUAAAUGUAAAAAUAUCAGCACAGUGGCUGCAGAGCAGCUGCUAUUAGACACACACUCUCUCAAGACAAUUCUACUGGACUUACCCUCUCUUGGUUCUCAACUUGUUAGAAAAGCUCCUACCAGUUUUACAAAAAUAGUCGUGAAAGGCAUGACUAGAGCAGAACACAUUCUGAAGGUUGUGAUGUCACCACACGCAGACCAACACAGAUUUGUGGAGAGUUACUAUCGAAUGCUAAGUGAUUCAGACCUAAAUGAAUUCCAAAAAGUGCUUGAAAUGAAGGGAUUGCGUAGGAGUGAGCAGAGUAACAUUUUAGAAAUUUACCGUGCAAAAAUGCCAGUAUCUGCAGCAACGGGAGGAACACAUGGCGAAAUUAAUCACGGAAGUCCAUUACAAACUCAGACCUCUGAACAAGAAUCCAGUAGAAUAAGGAAGCUAGAACGUCUAAUAAAAAAGAGAUUAUAAUCAUACAGUAAAAUACAGUCAUAAUGAACCUCCAGGGACAAUGAGAAACAGUUUGUUAUAACCAAACUUUGUUACUUUAUGUUGUUAUUGAAAGAGGAAAUGUCAAGAAUAAACAAAAAUAGCAAUGAAGUCGACAAAUAUUAUCCCUAGAUACCACAGACCCAAAAUCUAUGUAUCAUUUUAACAAUUUAAUGUCCUGAUUCUGAAAUCCAUGCAAAGUCAUUUAAUAUCCAUGUGUUCUAAAAAUAGCGGGGGGGGGGGGGGGGGGGGGGGGGUGUAGAAAAUGUUGAUAGAUAUAGUGUUUCACACCUCAUAUGACGGACCACAAACCAAGUUAAAUUUUAAAUCUGCUCAGGGAGCAGGUUAAUUUGUUCUUUGUAUUGUUCCCCCACUUUUAAGUUUUUGUUGAAAAUGAAAUGAAUAAAUGUUAUUCAUAAUAAAGUAUAUUCAUUUCAUUAAAGCAAGAUUCCUAAGUAAACCAUAGCUCAGUUUGUUGCAUUAGAAAUAUAGAUGGGAUGAAUAUACAUGUAUAAAUGAAUUCCCUUUACAGUAAGGUAUUGUGGGAUCCACUUUAACAAUUUUAGAAAAAAAAGUUUGAUAUGGGUCAGAUGCAUAAAAGCAUAGUGUACUGAAAUUGGGAAUACAAAAAUACAGUAUUAAUGAAAUCGAAGAGGCAUAGUAUCAAAAUUUAAGCAUACAGUUAUAUAAAACACUGCUCUAAAAUGUCCUCCCAAAAACUUAUUUGUUUGUUUAUAUGAUGUGAUUUAUGUUUCAUUGGAGAUUAUAAACAGAUCUGUAAAUGAGCUGUCUCGAAUACUUGGGGUAACAAGACUGCCAGUUAGAUUUCCUUGGCACAGACAUGGUCCCUUGGUACCCUCUGUGUUUCAUCUUCGCUAGCCAAGGGUUUUCGGGAGCGGAGUGGACCGAAAACCCUUGGCUAGCGAAGAUGUCUGUGUUUGGGACAACAUUUUAUUGAUAUGUUGUUGAACAGGGCAUUUUCAUUCGGUAUUGUUGAGACAAUUCUAGAUUAAUGCCAAUAUAGAAAUCCUUAAGAUAUGUGUAUGUGGUAUUCAUGUGUAUAUGGUAUCGUGUUGUUAUAAUUAUUAUUAUAUAUAAUUGUUAAAAUUGUAUAUGCCCCCGAGGGUCCUUGAUUGGUGAAUGAAUAAAUAUUAUUAUAUCA